AUGACCUCUGCCGGCACGUUGAAGGUCCAUGGCACGGACGCUGCUCUUACGGCCAUCACGGCGCUGGAUACCUCCAUGGACGACUUCACGCAGCCCGUAAUAGCGUCCACCGCUGCCGCUGCCAAACGUCCCCCGACUCGUGGGGUCCGCCGGCCGCAGCACGGGCAUCACGGCGCCAAACGAGGCCUACGGACUACUGGAAAAGUACGCCCAGUCCGCGUCCGGAUGGCGCAGAUGGCUGGCCAGGACUUGAGCUUGGCAAGCUAUAGCCCAUCCUUGGGGAAGGGCGGCGACUUUGACCGUCGGCUGGCGGUCGACCCGCAACAUUGUGAUAAGGUGACCAAUCAUGCAUCGAGCUCCCGAGAAAGCCCGACUGCCUCUCUGGCCGCGGCGUGA